GCUGUCUACUCUGUUGCAGCAUGGCGAGUAAAGAACCGAACAAGCUUUUCCAGCACUUGAGGGAUCUUGCUGGCCGCAUGUCCUCUGGCCCUCGUGGUGCAGGCUUGGGUCUGAAGUUACUCAUCGGUGCUGGUGCACUCGCCUAUGGAGUCAAGGAGGCUACAUACACAGUUGAAGGUGGUCAGCGAGCGAUCGUCUUUAACAGAAUUGGUGGGAUGGAGAUGGACACUGUUCUGGCUGAGGGGCUGCACUUCAGGAUACCAUGGAUUCAGUACCCCAUCAUAUAUGAUAUCAGAGCAAGACCACGAAAGAUUUCCUCCCUAACUGGAAGUAAAGACCUUCAGAUGGUGAACAUCGCGCUGCGUGUGUUAUCGCGGCCCUUGGCCUCCAACCUCCCGCAGAUGUACCAGCAGCUGGGGCAGGACUACGAUGAACGUGUGCUGCCUUCCAUAGUCAACGAGGUUCUGAAAAGCGUCGUGGCCAAAUUCAACGCCUCCCAGCUCAUUACGCAGAGAGCUCAGGUCUCGUUGCUGAUUCGCCGGGAGCUGUUCGAGCGAGCUAAAGACUUCAACAUAAUCCUCGACGAUGUGGCCAUCACAGAGCUGAGCUUCAGUAAAGAGUACACUGCAGCCGUGGAGGCCAAACAAGUUGCUCAACAGGAAGCCCAGAGAGCUCAGUUCUUUGUGGAGAAAGCCAAACAAGAUCAGAAACAGAAGAUCAUCCAGGCUGAAGGAGAGGCCCAAGCUGCCAAAAUGCUAGGAGAGGCCGUCACAAAGAACCCUGGAUACCUGAAACUCAGGAGAAUCAGAGCAGCACAGAACAUUUCUAAAACGAUCGCAGCUUCCCAGAACAGAGUUUACCUGAAUGCAGACAGUCUCGUCCUGAACCUGCAGUCUAAUACAUUUAACAACUUGUCUCUGGGGAAGAAGUAACCAGAUCCGAGGGAUCGUUUCAUUCCGUGUGCGAGAGAUUCUACAGUGAACCGGAUCACACUCUGCAGGCGCCGCUGUCUGAUUGUUCCCGAGGAUUUUUCUCAUCCAGUGAUCAAUUCUUCACACAUCAUGUAUCGGUGUAGACGCAGCACGAUUUCUUUCAUCCUUUUACGUUGUUUCAUGGUAAUUCUGAAGUUGAACUCUGCUUGUUACUGGUUGGGAUUCUAUGCAAAACUGAGAUGUGUUGAAAUAUUAUUGAAUCUCCCCUCCGUUCAUUUAAUUAGUGUUGCUGUUUACGUUAACAGUGAAAAAUCUUUUACGUUUUCAUGAGAUCCAGGCUGACUGGGGAAAAACCAGCAUCUGAAACGUUACCAGUAUCUUUGUUGUAAUGCUGUGUAUACAACAUAGUUGUAGAAGGACAGUAAAAUAAACGAUUUUUCUAUUCCGA